CCUACCUGUUCUUUUUCAUAUCUAUUCACAUUUGCAGUUCAUGAUCUUACGUUCACACGUGUUUUUCCGACAUAACCUUUUGUAAACACGGUUGCCAGAGAUAUCCACUAUCCGGAGCAACAUUAAAAAUCCCUCCGCGGUUGUAAGAUGUUUAACAAAUUUCAGCCGCAAUUACUGAACGUAAAUAGAAAACCCAGCCAACCGAAGAGGCGAAGGAAGAUUACACUUGUCUUCGACGAGGAAAAGCGACGAGAUUUUUUAGGGGGAUUUCGUAAGAGGAAGCUAGAGCGAAAAAGAAAGGCUCAGGAGCAAUUACAGCAACAACUGAAAGAGGAACGAAAAAAAAUUAAACAAGAAGCACGAGAACGUUAUAAAAAAUCAUUAUCGCAUCAGGUUGUCCCAGAGAUAGAAGAAUUGUUAUCCCGGCAAGAAAUUGAUCUAGAGGGUCAUACAGUCAGUAUUCUAGAGUUGAACGUUGCAGAUCUUGCAGAAGGAAGUAAAUGGAUAGGUGAAAACAAAGUUGCAGAGGAAAAAGAAGAGGAAGAUAACAAAAGUAAUGACGACGACGACGACGAUAAUGACAACGACGAGAUCGUGGGAAUGUCGUUGCAAGAGAAACGUGAAACUCAGGUGCAGGAAAAAUCCAAAUCUGAUGGCCGAGAGGUGAAAUCGAGGAAGGAACUGAAACAAGAAGUAAAGAAAGUAGCGCUGCAACGAAUGAAGAAAAGCAAGGCGUUCCAACAGAAGCAGAGACUGGAACAGCAGAAAAACAAAAAGCUAAGUAGACAGAAAUUGCACAAAGUCCAGAAGCUAACGCAGAAACGCGGCAAGAGGACUAAAAAGAAAUCCAAACGCUAGACAGAUAUUUAACAAAUUUACUGCGCAAACUCUAAACAUAUUUAAUAUUUUGUAAUAAACAUCGUGUGUACAUACAUAA